AGUCGCAAUAUGUGGCACAAACUAUUUUGUAUAAUCUAUAUAAUAAAUACAUUAACGUCGGCUGCGAAUGGAAUACAUAUUUCCGAAUAUAACGAGACGAGAUUAAUUCUGGAAAUGAAUUCCCAAAUAUCUGAGUUGAGAACGGUACAGGAACAUCAAAAUAAGUUGAUUGAGGAACUCUUUAAGGCAACGGAUCUUCAAGUACUGAAAGCGGAACAGGAACGACAGGGGAAACUAAUAGAAGAUCUUGUUAAGGCAACGGAUAUUCAGAAUCGUCAGGAAAAGUUAAUAGACGGACUAGUUAAGGCAACGGAUAUUCAAAGUCUCAAAGCGGAACUAGAAGAACAGAAGAGAGAUGGAGCUGAUAAGGAUUCGAAAAUUAAAUUCCUUACAGAGGAGCUGGCGCGUCUGUCAAAACUAAUGGGUGAUCUUAAUAAACAAUUUAAUAAUCAAUCUCUUAGAGUGAAGCAGAAAGAACAGAAAAUGGUGAUAGAAGAAGUUGUUAAGGAAUCGGAUAAAGACAAUUUGAAGCCCCAAACUGUCAAUUGUACCGGUGCCAAGUCUAACGGGAUUUACGAAAUACUGCUGUCGAAAUUUAGUAGUCAACCUUUAAAAGUUGCCUGUGAUGCAGUUACUCAAGGAGGCGGAUGGACGAUUAUCCUGAGGCGUAUGGGUGGAAGUGAGGACUUCUAUCGGAAUUGGACCGAAUAUAAAAAAGGAUUUGGAGAUUUGAGUGGCGAAUUCUUCUUGGGACUUGAUAAAAUACACGCUUUGACGACAGAGAGGAAGCAGGAAUUACUUGUAGUCCUACAGGACGACAAGGGAAAUGAAGUUUUUGAGAAGUAUGCGGAAUUUGCCAUCGGAAAUGAGGAUCAGCAAUAUAUCCUACACACUCUGGGCAAGGCCGGUGGAUCUGCGGGUGAUUCACUCUCAUACCAUCUUGGCUCUAAAUUUAGCACCUAUGAUCGAGACAAUGAUAAUCACAAUAGAAACUGCGCCGAACUAUUCACUGGCGGCUGGUGGUACUUUAAAUGUCACUUUAGCAACUUGGCGGGAAACUAUAAUGGUAACCGCUAUGGCGCGGGCGUCAAUUGGCACUCUUUUAAGGGUAUGGGUUACUCCCUCAAGAGAGCCGUCAUGAUGAUCAGGCCCAAGAAGUGAACUCUAAGAGUAUGAAAUAUCAAAAUCUUUUCUACAAUUUAUUAACAUAAGCAAUUUACAUUCGUUCUGUAUACAUCUCUUUUGUUCUCUAUCUUUAUAUUUUUAUUUAUCUCUCACGAAUCUUCUGAAUCACAAAUAAUACCUAAAUAUGAUUAAUAAACUAAAACUCAUUUAAAUAAC